UCGGAACACGGGGUCCCUUUAACUCAGCCGGGGGAGGAGGCAGCAGCGAGGAGGCUGGGAAGCGGCUUUACUCCCCCCUCCCCACCCAGAGCAGCUGGCAAAAGCGGGUGGCUGCAGCGGCGGCUCCAAACGCCACCCCGCCAGCCGGCUGCGUGCGGGGCUCCUCCAGCGGCGUUCGCCUCUCGCCUCCCCGGCGAGCUCCGGGGCAUGGCCCGCCUCCGCGGUGCCCCCUCUCCUCGCCCGCCGGGCCGGGGCCGGGGCCGGGGCUGGGGCCCGCUUGCAUUUCUCCCGUUGAGCAGCUAGAGAGCGGUGCAGGGAAUGAAAUCCCCGGUGCAAUAGCCAGGAGCCGAGCGCUCCCUUCCUGUCUGCAGCCGCGCCGGGCCGGGGCCGGGGAACCCCAGCGAGUGACGGGCAGCUCCGAGCUGGGCUGGAUCGGCCCCCCCUCCCCCCCCCAUGGCGGAGACUAAAAUCAUCUACCACAUCGACGAGGAGGAGACCCCCUACCUGGUGAAGCUGCCGGUGCCCCCGGAGAAAGUCACUUUGACAGAUUUUAAAAAUGUCCUCAGCAACCGGCCCGUGCACAGCUACAAAUUCUUCUUCAAGUCCAUGGACCAGGAUUUCGGGGUGGUGAAGGAGGAGAUCUCGGAUGACAAUGCAAAGCUACCGUGCUUCAAUGGAAGAGUGGUGUCCUGGCUGGUCCUGGCUGAAAGCUCCCACUCCGACACGGGCUCCCAGUGCACUGAAAGCCACACGGACCUCCCUCCUCCCAUCGAGAGAACGGGUGGCAUCGGAGACUCACGGCCUCCCUCGUUUCACCCGAAUGCUGCCAGCAGUCGAGAUGGACUGGACAACGAAACAGGAACGGAGUCGGUUGUUAGCCACAGGCGAGAGAGACACCGGCGGCGGAACAGGGAAGGCCAUGAAGACGUCCCUAGGCUCAAUGGGCACCCCAAGCUGGACAGGCACCGCGAGCACCCGCCCGGCUACGACAGCUCUUCCACCAUGAUGAGCAGCGAGCUGGAGUCCAGCAGCUUCAUUGACUCUGAUGAUGACGAUAACACAAGCAGGCUGAGUAGCUCCACAGAGCAAAGUACUUCGUCCCGGCUCAUACGGAAGCAUAAACGCAGGAGGAGAAAACAAAGGAUGCGCCAGAUUGACAGGUCAUCCUCAUUCAGCAGUAUUACGGAUUCAACCAUGUCCCUGAAUAUCAUCACUGUCACGCUCAAUAUGGAAAAGUAUAAUUUCCUGGGGAUCAGCAUCGUAGGACAGAGCAACGACCGAGGAGAUGGUGGCAUUUACAUUGGCUCUAUCAUGAAAGGAGGAGCCGUGGCAGCAGACGGCCGAAUUGAACCAGGAGACAUGCUUCUACAGGUGAAUGAGGUCAACUUUGAGAACAUGAGCAAUGAUGACGCAGUGCGGGUUUUACGGGAAAUAGUCUCCAAGCCUGGACCUAUCAGCCUAACGGUGGCCAAGUGCUGGGACCCCACACCUAGGAGUUAUUUCACUAUCCCCAGGGCUGAACCAGUGAGGCCGAUUGACCCUGCAGCAUGGAUCUCUCAUACCACAGCCAUGACGGGAGCGUACCCCCGUUACGGUAUGAGCCCCUCCAUGAGCACCAUCACAUCUACCAGCUCCUCACUAACAAGCUCAAUUCACGAUUCGGAAAAAUUGGAAGAAUCUCCCUUGACUGUGAAGAGUGACAUGGCUACUAUUGUCAAGGUUAUGCAGUUACCUGACUCAGGCCUGGAAAUCCGGGACAGAAUGUGGUUAAAAAUUACCAUCUCCAAUGCAGUGAUAGGGGCAGAUGUGGUUGACUGGCUUUACACGCACGUGGAGGGCUUCAAGGACAGACGGGAGGCUAGAAAAUACGCCAGCAGCAUGUUAAAACACGGCUACCUCAGGCACACUGUGAACAAAAUCACCUUCUCAGAGCAGUGCUAUUAUGUCUUCGGGGACCUCUGCAGCAAUAUGGCUGCCUUGAACCUUAACAACGGUUCUAGCGGAGCCUCUGAUCAGGACACUCUUGCUCCCCUUCCACAUCCUGCUGCACCUUGGCCGUUAGGUCAGGGGUACCCCUACCAGUACCCACUCCCCCCUCCAUGCUUCCCACCAGCAUACCAGGACCCAGGCUUCAGCUACGGAAGUGGCAGUGCGGGUAGCCAGCAAAGCGAAGGAAAGAGCUACAUAGAUAACAGCUUGCCGACUAAUCAGAAGGCCACCGUGAGAGGUGAAGGGCCUGGUUUUCACAGGUGCGAGGCGCUGAUUUCGGUGGCGUGCUCGACGUCCCUGAAAAUCAGGCCAUUAGCGGUUUGCUUGAAGCCACGUGCCAGAACUGAGAGUCAAGGACAGAAGUGGGAUUCCAAACUGCCUGCUCCUGGCUUCCACUUCCGUACUGAGUGCACAAGGCCAUUCACCUCCUCUUGUGUGAAAUAAGCAGAAAGAGUGCUGUCUGGAGCAGCCAGCCAAAUGCACUGCAACCCUGAAACGCCAUUCCGCGGGGAGCACAAUGGCUUUUGCUCUGAUGCAUGUUGCAUGGGCUGCUUGAAUGUACCACCUUCUUUCCAGCCCUAGGAUCACCCUGCUACUUCAUUCUGAGCAUAGUAAAUAAAACAUGAUUCUGUGGUGUGACUGUCCAGUGGGGGCCCCCUGCAAUUUCUUAAAUACACUGCUUCUGGUGUGUGAAUAUCCCCCUUGGAAACAUUGCCAGUAACCAAAAAGCAAGGCUCAGAAGGAGUCUCCAAGCUUGGGUAUGAAUCAUAUUACCAAGAUAAACAGCCCCUGCAGUCCCUCCAGACUUAACCCAACCUCCUUCGUUAUGCAAACCCAGGCUGGAAAUCCCACGAGAACUCUUGUGAGAUUUCCAGCACUUGCCCUUCCCACUUCAGCUGAAAACAAGUAUGUGUGGGAGGGAAACCAAAAAAGUUCAGAUCUUUAGGAAAAAAUCCACAUCAGGUCUGUUCUGUCACUGGGGGGUGGGGGGCACUGAUUUUUCCUCAGGGGGUUCACCAGUCACUGUGAACAACAGAAUAUUAGCUCUUUGCUGCUGGAAUAGGAAAGGCACAAUCUUUUUGUCCAUGAAUCCCGGGUUACCAGCUAGGAGAGUUUCAUUAAAGGCGACGGGAGGGUUUCAUUUUGAACGGUUCAACACUUUUUUCUUCCUUGUUCUACUUUUGGAAACUACACCGCUGUGUUGUUUCUUGUUUUGUAAUUGUGUUAUUCCCUUGUUUUGU